AUGUCUUCCUCAUCCAUCGAGUUUAUUCCUGGCAGAAAGAAAGGCAGCCGCAACGUCCUCUACGAUGGUCACCUCUACCACCUUAACAGAAAGAAGGAAGACAAGACCUACUGGAAGUGCAACAAGUGCAAGUCCCGCCUGAUCCUUGUCCAGGACACCUUCUGUUCUGCUACCCCUCAUGACCACGAAUCUCAACCAGCACUAAUUGCAGCCCACCGCUCCAAGUCUAAAAUGAAGACCCUCGCAGCUACUACUGAGAACUCAACUAAGCAGAUUGUUGCAGACUCUGUCGCUGGACUAUCCUUCGAAGCCUCGUCCCGGCUCAACUGUGAUCCCAAGUCCUUGGCACGACUAGUCAGACGAGCCAGACUGGCAGCCUACUCCCAUCCUGUCAACCCCAUCUCCAGACCUGUUUACUCAACUCUUCAGUAG